GUGUGUUAUUUUUCUCUAGGAGAAAACGAGUGAUAGGAAAUUGAAACUCUGCGUGAUCAUUUGUGGACGACCUAGAGCUUCCAAUUUGUCAAUAGAAGCGUCCUUUUCUCUCCCAUCUCAUGUCUUUGAAAAUAAACCCAUUAUUCAACUCUAUUGAGAAUUUGAUGAGAGCUUAAAUUUUCUGUGAGAAAGAGGAGAGCUAUAAAUGUGAGUUGGGUUAUGUGGUUUCUUUUCACCUUCUCUUAACGACUAAACGUACAUAUAAUCCUGCCCUUCUUUUAUUUGUGUGUGUGUCUGUGUUUGUGUAUAUAGGCAUACGUGUUUAUUAUGCGUGUACGUUUGUGUUGUUGAAGCUAACCCCAUCUUUGGAUCAGAAAUCAGAGAGGGUCUCUGAGUUUUGUGUAAUAAUCAAUGGAGUUUUAUGCAUACCCAUCUCAUACUUUGCCUUCAUCUUCAUCUUCAUCUUCAUUUUCAUUUGGGAAUUUCGUCGAUAAGGUUAAAGACUUUUUCUGCUUUGCGGUUUCGGCCAUUAUUGGGAACAUAUUCUCUGCCAUAUUCACUUUCUUCUUCGCAUUAGUGGGUACUUUAUUAGGAGCCAUGACUGGAGCUUUGAUUGGUCAAGAGACAGAGAGUGGGUUCAUUCGAGGGGCUGCAGUUGGAGCCAUCUCUGGAGCUGUCUUCUCCAUUGAGGUUUUCGAAUCUUCGCUUGUCCUCUGGCAGUCGGAUGAAUCUGGAAUCGGGUGUCUCCUCUACUUGAUUGAUGUUAUUGCAAGCCUUCUAAGUGGUAGACUUGUUCGUGAGCGGAUUGGUCCGGCCAUACUAAGUGCAGUUCAGAGUCAGAUGGGUGCUGUUGAAUCAAGCUUUGAGGACAUCCCGAAUAUCUUUGAUACUGGGGGCGCUAAGGGUUUGCCCGGUGAUUCAGUUGAGAAGAUCCCGAAGAUAAAAGUCACUAGCAGUAACAAUGUAGAUGCUUCUGGGGAGAGAGUCUCUUGUUCAGUGUGCCUGCAGGACUUUCAGCUCGGAGAGACUGUUAGAAGUCUGCCCCACUGUCAUCACAUGUUUCACCUACCUUGCAUUGAUAAGUGGCUGGUGAGGCAUGGUUCGUGCCCAUUAUGCAGAAGAGAUCUGUAAUUUUUGUUUUCUGUAAUUUACAGGACGCUAUGGGUUCAUCUAUUCCUUGUUAGUAUUAACCUUUAGGAUCUGUGUAUUUUUCUUUUAAACUCUCAAUUAUACUAAUUUCCGGGACGGCCUUAUGUAAUUAUAUUGUCAGCUGGAUCAUUGUACUCGAUCAGCAUGUUGUAUAAAAUUUUUGAGAUAUAAUAGUUCUUGUUUGGGUCCAA